GCCUACAAGGGGAGCCGCGGCUCAGGUUAAACCUUAAAGCGGAACCUUUUUUUCCGUGUCGUGUUUCCUCGGGAAUAUUUGCAGCGCGUGCAGCAAACAGGACAGUGUCUGCAGGUGAAUCGAUUAUUACUCGGGUAUUGAUCUGAUCAGAGGUCCGUGAUGCAGUGCGACUGGCCUCUCUUAGGUCCGCUCAGGUGGCUUCAUUACGUCAACAAACAGGUGAAGGUGAGAACGGGAAAAGGUGACGAACACAGUGGCUGGUUGCUGAGCGUGGACCCGGUGUCUGCCAGCGCGGUCCUGCUCACUUUCAGUGAGACGGCAGCGUCGGUGCGGGUGGUGAUGGGUCACGCCGUGAAGGAGGUGGAGGUCCUGCGGGAGGCCGACGAAGUCACGGCGGAGCGCCUGCGGGCCGCCCUCCUACCGCCAUCGCUACCCAGCUUGGAUCCCGAGGAGCUGCGACGGCGGAGGGGUGGCGUGCGGCGGUGGUUGCAGGAGAACCGUGUCCCCGUGGAGGAGCAGGGGGAACAGCUGACGGUGGCGGGCGUCCUGACGAUCACGGCGCCGUACACAGCCGAGGACUGCAGCAGCUCCAACCAGAUCAUCCUGGACCGGAUCCAGAGACUUAUCCGGACCCAGAACUGAACCGGAGUCUACGGGCAUGAACAGAAAGCGGCAAUUCCUCUGCUUUGGUUUGGGGGUUUUUGAAGCCCCGCCCCUUCGUUUACUGAUGUCAUCAAUAUGACUCCUAAAUAAAAGCAGAAUGAAUAAUGUGUUCUGUCAUGUAAAAUGACUCACAGGUGUUCCAGGUAAAUAGGAAACUGAGAAACGUCAGGUUCUUGAUUUGUCCCGCAGACUGUGCUGAUCGAUUACUGUAGAUUCUUUAUAUUGUUAAGAGAGAAACAGCUUUUAAACUGGAGGAGGAGCUGAUCGUGUGACGUGAAUGAUUUUAUUUCAGUUUCAGGGUCAGAAAUCCUUUACCCGGGUCAUCUGGGCAUGGACAGGUGGGGUUCACGGAAAGGGUUUCUGCUUUGUGAUCUUUAUUCAACCCUCCACUUCCUUCCACUGUACUGGAUGAAUUAAUCACAGCUGGAUCUUGUUGGUGUAACUUUCUGACUGAACUGGACUAAAAGCUCAAUGUGUUUCCCAGUGUAGAUCACCUGAAUCUGUCUCAGGUCAUUCAGGUGCUCGUCAGCUGCACCAGUGACCGGUCGGUUUGAUCCAGGUGUGUCAGGUUCUUCUGUCUCUGAGGAUGGCUGAGAGGCCUGAGCUGUUCUCACUCUUCUGGGCUAAAAUGGAGGCUCUUCUCUUAAUUUACUGUUGUCAUGGUGAAUCUUGCUCUGACCUGUCAUUGACCCUCAUCCUGCAGCUCAGAACAUCAAGAAAAAAAUGAUUGCACGGUCACCAAUAAGCAAACUAAUUUCUUAGAGCAUUCGUAGAUAAUCUCAUUCAAAGACAAAAUGUUUUGUUGCAAAGUUAAAAUUAAUUUGCAUAUUUUGUAAG